UCGCCCAGAUCUCGCGAGGUUACGUCCUCCCGGAAGUGGCUGGCCGCCGUGACCGAGGGGCGCCGCCGGCACCGCGAUGUGUGGGGACUGUGUGGAGAAGGAAUACCCGAAUCGGGGUAACACUUGCCUGGAGAAUGGAUCUUUUUUGCUGAACUACAUAGGCUGUGCAAUGUGCAAUAAACGGGACUUUAUGCUGAUUGCAAACAAAUCCAUGAAAGAGGAAGAUGGAGAAGAAAUAGUUACCUAUGAUCAUGUGUGUAAGAAUUGUCAUCACAUAGUAGCCAGGCAUGAAUAUACAUUCAGUGUCAUGGAUGACUAUCAGUCAUCUUCUCUUUGUUGGGAACUUCUGGUGAGUGGGGAGGACAAUCUUCAGGACCUAAAUUGUCACAUUCUCUCAUGAUCUUCUCCAGUCCUCUGCUGCAACCGUCUCCAAGAUGCCGCUCCCAGGGUCUCAUCAUGGUGCCCUUUUCUUAAGGCGUUCCUUGAAGGAAUGAGAGCUGGAUUCUGCCUGUGAUCAGUCAUCUAUGCAGACACCACACCCUGAUCCCCCAACAGUUUUUGCCCCAGAUAAAAAAAUCCUAGUUAUGACUGAAAGAAAAUGGACUAGAAGCAUGAAGAACAGGAUCCAAGAGAAAGGAAUAAUCACCCAGACCUAGACUAUGUCAGUGUCAGUAAACUUCCUAGAAUUAUUUACAGAAUCAUAAUCUCUUACUUCAAAGGGUAUUUAUACAUCAUUAAUUCUAACCCUAGGAGGUUAUAGUUACUAAUACUUUGGCUAUCACUCACCAAAGGGCCUUCCAUCAGUAUCUCCUAUUCUAAGAAGAGUGUGAACCUAUUAACAGGCUGGGCCCCUCAUGGAAGAUUUACCCUACCCUGUUCGUAGUACCCUAUUCCUGGAAUUGCUCUAAUUCUAUAAAUUGUUAAUCAUGUAGAAAAGGGGGGCUUUUGAGCAUUAGGGAAAUCACCCUCAGCCCCUCAGGGCUAACUUUAUAACCCUGAGUAUACGUACUGGCGUGAUCUGGGAGCCUAACCUGCUAGUGCAAAUGGGAGUUUGGGAGAGUAACUGCAAAGCAUUCACUACACUAUAUGGCAUAAUUUCCAUUCUGAUCAUGCUCUAGAUUUUCAGUGUCUUUUUAAAAAUGAUACAGAGCUGAACACAGUACUUCAGAUAUCAGUAGGGGAUAGUAGAUGAAACUAUUGCUUUUUUUGUUCUAGAUACUAUGCUGCUUGAUGCAGUCUAAAGUUAUACUGUAGUGUUCUAUGAAAAGCCACCAUGUAGUAUCAUUAUAGUCUUCAGACAACCAAAAUUACAGGUGACCCAUAGGACAUGAAGUUCCUCUAAGGUACAGUAUAGUUUUCUGGUGGACUCCUCAUAGAGCCUCGAAUCUGCCUUUCCUCAUCACACCCAGUUUAUCUUUGGCUCCCAGUGCAGACAUGUGCAUCAGCUAUGGCUGUCCUGGGAAUGCUGUUAGGAUGCACUGGAUGGUCAAAAUCCUCCUGUCCUCUGAAAUUUGUUAGGUCCUCCUCCAGUCAAAAUGAGGAGGGCAGGAAACUGAGGCAGCAUGGGUGUUCUCCUACCCAUGCACCCACAAGUGACUCCUUCUCAAGGGUGUGACUGGAGGCUUCUCUCCACUGCCAGAUGCUCAGAUCUCUUAGGUUUUGAACUGGCCUGAUGGAAGAUCCGCAGAAUGUGACCAGUCCUAACAGACUUCCUAUAGCACCUAGUUAAAAUUCCUUUUGAUUGAUUGAUUGAUGUGUUCCCACUUAGUUAAAAAUCUGAUAGAUUCAGUGAGAUGUUUCUCACUCAACAAUGGCCCUCAGAACUAAAUAGGGUAGAGUCCUUAGGGUUACCCUCUCCUUACAAAAGCAUUAGUUAAAGGAAUUGGGGAUGCUUGGGAGAGAACAUUUAGUGACUGGAGCUAUCAUGGUAUUUGAAGGACAGACAAAUGGAAGAAGGAUUGGAGUUAGUCUUCUUGGCCCCAGUAAGCUGAACUAGGAGCAAAGGGAAGAAGUUGGAGAGUCAUGGAUUUUGGUUUUAUAUAAGGAAAAAGUUCCUGUCAGCGUUAGCCGGACCUUGGGAAGUGGUGAGUCCCUUAUCAUUGGAGGUCUUUGGAUAAAGGCUAGAUGACAACCACUUGUGGACAUGCUGUAGGGAAGAUUCCCAUUCAGGUUAGAUUGGACUAAAUUACCUCUGAGGGCCCUUCAGCCCCGAGAUUCUAACUGGCACCCCUCUCAUCGUAAGCUCUUUAGGGGCAGGGAUUAUGUAUGAUUUCAUUUCAUUUUUCCCACAGGGCCUAGCCCAGUGCUUUUUUCACACCUUAGGCAUGUAAUAAACAGUAGUAGGAUAAAAUGAACACAAGAAUUGGUAUAAAAACAAUGUUCGUUAUUUCUCAGCCAGAGGGUAAGUUCCAAAGGUGCUUACAAGGGAGCUUAUAUGCCCCAGAAGAAGCAGUGUAGAUAGGAUUCAGGCUGCUGUGGUUCUACAUACAGCCUGAAUUACUUGUGAGAUUUCCAGUGUAAUGCACAGCUAAAUGACUACAAGGGGCCCUGAUACUUGAAAGUCCAAUAAAGCAAUAAAAAAGAUAAUUGUAUUAGUGUCUUGGAUUCUGUUGGAAGAGUUCAAGACUCACAAGAGAACUAUAUACAAUAAUGUAAAUGAAAACAUCAGUAAAUGGCACUGAACUUCCAUUAAUUGCAAUGAACAACCUCGGUUCCAAAGAACAGAAGUGACUGAUAUGCCUCCUGGGUAUAGAGGUGAGGUAUAAUGGGUGUAAAAUGUAGCAUAAAUUGCAACACUGGAUUGCUUUUUUUGGAUUGGUUAUGUUUAACUGCUUUAAUUUGUGCCAAGGGAAGUGUUUUUUUUUUUCAGGGAAGAUGGAGAAGUAUAUUGGAAAAUGUAAUUUUUUAAAAGAAAUUAAAAUAGAGGGAGAAAGUUCAAGGUUAAAAGAUGAGAACAUGGGGCAGUCUGACUGUUAGAGUGCCCCUUUAAAGUGCCCAAUAACUCAGUAGACUGCUUCUUUUUUUUUAAUGCCUUAAUUUCUCCAUCUGUAAAUUGGAGGCAGCUAAACUUUCAUGGAACAUCACAGGCUCUGGGAUCCUUGAAUCUAAGAAUCUAUAGGUCAUUUCCAAGGUUUUCCAAGAUUUUUGAGAGUAGGAACUGCUUUUCAUUUUUGCCUUUCUAUCCUGACCUAAUGGUUAGAGGCCUGGCCUGAGGGUCAGAAGACCUGAGUUCAAAUCCAGACUUUGGCUUUCCUAUACUACAAGUAUAAAGCUGAGUAUCCCCUUAUAUCAGAGGAAACCAAGGUUUGGGUCUCUCACAGGGAAAUUCCUAUGUUUGCCUUUUUUAGAAACAGUUGGCAGGGGAGUAGAUUAAGAACUGUACUCAGAGUCGGGAAUACUCGAGUUCCAAUCCUGUCUCAGACACUUAUUAGCUAAGUCGUCUUAGGCAAAUCACCUAACCUCUGUCUUUCUGGGGCUCUAACACUUCUGUAGCAUGAGGAGAUUGGACUCAAUGACCCCUGAGAUCCCUGUGAGCUCUAUAUCUAUGAUCCUAUGAUCUCAUGAUCUGUGACCCCGGAAAAACUGUUUAAUCUGUUAGUGCCCCAGUGAACUCUCUAAGGGCAGCUAGGUGGAACAGUAGAUAGAGUGUUGUGCCUGGACUCAGGAAGACUCAUCUUCCUGAGUUUAA